CCUGAAGGUUUGUCCCUGCAGGUGGUGAAGGUCAGGCCCAACGACAAGGACGCCAAGCUCAAGUACCAGGAGUGUCAUCGCAUUGUCAAGCAAAAGGCCUUCGAGAGAGCCAUCGCCAGCGACGAGCACAAACGCUCCGUGGUCGACUCCCUCGACAUCGAGAGCAUGA